AUGAAGGUGAUCGUUGCAGGAUUUGUUAAAACAGGAACCAAAACAAUGGCUGCUGUUCUUGACACUCUUGGAUAUUCAGUUUAUGAUUGGGAACAUCAUUUGUAUCACCUCGGAGAUGAAUGGAUUAAGAUUUUGCAGCAAGGAGGCACAAAAGAGGAUUUUCGUCGAAUGUACGAAAACGUCGAUGUUGGAGUUGAUAUUCCAUUUUCCGUAUUUUGGGAAGAAAUCUCAGAAGCGUUUCCUGAUGCCAAAAUAAUAUUCUCUCAGAGAACAAGCGAAGAAGCGUGGGAAAAAAGCCUUCUUAAUCAAAUAAAAAUGUUCAAUACAAAUUGGGGAUUCUUGGCUUUGUCAACAUUAUCGUAUACUGGAUUCAAAUUCUUUACCAAGGUUUCUAUCGUUGCUAGAGUUUUAUUUGGCAACUACAACUUCUUCCCGUGGAAUGCAUUUUACGGAGUGAGCAUGACUGUUGCCAGAAAACGGUAUCGAGACCAUUGCAACUCUGUUCUAACGAGAGCCCCUAAGGAUCGUCUACUUAACUUUGAUCUGAGAGACGGUUGGAAACCACUGUGUGAAUUCCUUGGCAAAGAUAUUCCUAAUGUUCCAUUUCCACACGAGAACGAGAGAGGGAAGUUGGCGGAAAACUUGAUGAAACGGAGCCCGAUCUUCAAACAAAUGCAAAAUGAGAUGAUGAUUAGUUUAAGUGUGAUUGGACUGAUCCUAUGUUAUUUGCUUUACUUAUCCAUUGGGCUAUUUAUGUAGGAGAGUACUUCUGUGCAAUAUUCGAUCUCGAAACGCAUUCAUUUUACUUGAAACCUUAUGAAUUUCAUACGUUACAAUAUACCAAUCAGUUAUGUGAUUUCAACACUUCAAAUUUUGUAGUUAGCUUUGAUCGACAGUUCCGUAUUUAGUUUGAGACCUGUGGGCAGUGCUCGAUUAACUAUUAACCAAAAUCAGCACGUGAUUAGAGCACAAAGAAAAAGGGUGCAUCUCAGACAUUUUCAGAGACGAUUUUUCGAUGGUUGGGGCCUUAGUGUUUAAUGAAACAACGACAAAGACCUCAAUAUUGAUCCGGUUGAAAUAAUGUUUUCAAUAAUCAUCUAAAAACUUUCUUCAAAAUUUUUUUUAUAUACAAUGCAAAUUAAUGGUAAUUUG